AAAUGUGGCCCUUAGUUUGUCAAACGAACAAAACGAUCACUCUCUAUUAUGUGGCCAUUGGAGUUUCCGCCACCCCAACAACCCUCCAUCACCCAAACCCCCUUUUCACUUUCAUAAAUUCUCCACACACACACACACACUUCAUUCUUUACCGGCAAAAAAUGGAGAGAUUGGCAUUUUGCUCUCCAUCUUCAGCCACCUCCGCCGCCGCUGCCGCUGCCGCCACCACUUCCUUCUCCCGUCUCUCCUUCCACCACCUCCGAUCACGUUCCUCCACCAUUUCCAACGCCGUACUCCGCCCAGUGUCGUGUUCAAGAUUCAAUCUUGACGGUCCAAGGUUCAAUCUUUUUCACCCAAAACCAUUCCUUUUCAAUCCCCUUUCAAAACCCACCUCAAGAAAUCCACAAUCUCCAAAACCCAUCACUGCUUCUUCUUCUUCAUCACCUGAAUCAGAUAAGGUAAUAGUUACUACUCAGCCACAACCCCAAGGUGCAAAGCUAAUUCCUUUGAUCAUUUCUGUUUCAAUUGGACUUUUAGUUCGUUUCUUUGUUCCAAGGCCGCCUGAAGUUACUCCUCAAGCAUGGCAAUUGCUUGCCAUUUUCCUUUCAACUAUUGCUGGUUUGGUACUCAGUCCAUUGCCAGUAGGUGCAUGGGCUUUUCUUGGACUUACGACUUCAGUUCUGACCAAGACACUAACUUUUGCAAGCGCUUUCAGUGCUUUUACAAAUGAAGUUAUUUGGUUGAUUGUGAUUUCUUUCUUUUUCGCCCGUGGGUUUGUUAAGACUGGAUUAGGAGAUCGAAUUGCCACGUAUUUUGUUAAGUGGUUGGGGAAGAGUACUCUUGGUUUGUCAUAUGGAUUGGCUCUGAGUGAGGCUUUGAUUGCACCUGCAAUGCCUAGUACAACUGCAAGAGCUGGUGGGGUAUUUUUGCCUAUUAUUAAGUCUCUCUCACUUUCAGCUGGAAGUAAGCCUGGUGAUCCUUCCUCCAGGAAGCUCGGCUCGUACUUGAUUCAAUCUCAAUUUCAGUGUGCAGGUAACUCUAGUGCUCUUUUCCUAACUGCUGCAGCUCAAAAUCUACUCUGCCUCAAACUAGCUGAGGAACUUGGGGUAAUAAUCACAAACCCAUGGGUGUCUUGGUUCAAGGCUGCUAGUUUACCUGCAUUUAUUUCUCUUUUGGCUACUCCAUUCAUCUUGUACAAACUUUAUCCUCCUGAAACCAAAGAUACACCAGAAGCCCCUGCUAUGGCAGCUCAAAAACUGAAUCUUAUGGGUCCUGUUACAAAAAAUGAAUGGGUGAUGAUUGGCACAAUGCUUCUAGCUGUGUCUCUGUGGGUUUUCGGGGAUGCUCUUGGUAUUGCGAGUGUUGUCGCUGCAAUGCUCGGUUUAUCAAUCCUCUUGCUGUUGGGAGUGCUUGAUUGGGAUGACUGUUUAAGUGAAAAAUCAGCAUGGGAUACUUUGGCUUGGUUUGCCGUCCUAGUUGGCAUGGCUGGCCAGUUGACAAACCUUGGUAUUGUUGGUUGGAUGUCUAGUUGUGUAGCUAAAACCCUGCAGGCUUUAUCAUUGAGCUGGCCAGCUGCAUUUGGUGUUCUUCAAGCAUCAUACUUCUGUAUCCACUACUUGUUUGCAAGUCAAACAGGCCAUGUGGGAGCAUUAUACUCUGCAUUCCUUGCUAUGCAUUUGGCAUCUGGAGUGCCUGGUGUAUUAUCAGCCCUGGCUUUAGCUUACAACACUAAUCUAUUUGGUGCUUUAACACAUUAUAGCAGUGGUCAGGCUGCUGUCUACUUUGGAGCUGGUUAUGUAGAUCUCCCCGAUGUCUUCAAAAUGGGAUUUGUAAUGGCAGUCAUCAAUGCUAUUAUAUGGGCAGUCGUUGGGACAUUUUGGUGGAAGUUCUUGGGUCUAUACUGAUUAUAGUUUCUGGCGUAAUUAGAUUUUUCCCCAUCUAUACGUGCCCUUUGUGUUGUGGCAUUUUAGCUGCGACCUCGAUAUUAUUAGUGUCGGCAUUUCUCCAUUGUAAUAUUCUUAAAACAUGCGAAUGAAAAAAUUGUAUUUUUUGCAGACUAGUCAUCAUUUAUGAGCGAAAUGUGAAUCAAAGUUCUCCGUUC